CUAAAAUUUAAAUAUGGAAAAAAAGAUUUUCAUGGCCAGAGUUGCCGACCAAUCUGAGAGAUAUGAAGACAUGGUUGACUUCUUAGAGCAGAUCAUUGAUGACAAUGACAAUGAUGUCUCCAUGGAUGUUAAGAACUUGCUCAGUGUUGGAUUCAAGAAUCUUAUCUCUGCUCAAAGAUCUGCCUACAAGACUGUUCAAGCCAUCGAACAGAACAAGAAGUACGCUGAGUACUCCUCCAACUGUGCUGAGUACAAGGAGAAGAUCUCUGCCGAGCUCGAGAAAAACUGUGGAAGAGUUAUCAACAUUGUUAAGGACAAGAGCCUCACAAAGGGAGAUCUCAAUGAUGAAGCAAAAGUUUUCUAUUUGAAAAUGAUCGGAGAUUACUACAGAUAUACCGCUGAAACAGCCCAGGGUUCGAAGCUCGAAGAAGUAACUGAGAAUGCUAAGACAUUCUACGAUCAAGCAACUGAAGCUGCAGCCAGCCUUAAGCCAUACAACUCUAACAAGUUGGGUUUGGCUCUCAACUUCUCAGUUUUCCACUAUGAGUUGAAGAAUGACUCCUCUAAGGCUUGUGAGAUUGCUGAAAAGGCUCUCGAUGGCGCUAGAGACCAGAUCGAUGAGAUGGACAACGAUGAAGCCAGAGAUGCCCUCUCCAUCAUUGAACUCCUUAAGGAGAACCUUGACCUCUGGAAGGAGGAAGAGGGAGCUGAAGCCGAUGAGGCUGAGCAGUGCUAAGCAGGUAGCCUAGCCAAUGUAUUCCAUUCUUACUAUUCAUGUUCCACCUACUUUUUGU